UAGCUGGCACCGCCUGCCAGAUUCCCAGCAGAUCUCAGCGAUUUAUCGCAUCGUCGCAUCUAACCCUGAACUGUCUCUAAGUGGCUCCGCCGGACCCGGUGUUUACUCUGACGCUUCAGGGCUGUUCCUCGUUCGCAGGGCGUUGAGUUUAGAGGGAGUUGUCUCGCUGCCGAUGCUGGGGAGAUCAGUCCGUUAUCUCCCAUCUUCUCUUAUCGCCAUAUCUCCUCUCCCCCCUCUGCGCAUCUGAGUCGACACCGGUGGCAUAUGGACGCGCUGGAUGGCUGGUGCACUUAGCAAACCAGCGUGAACGUUUUUUUCAUAUCAUCAUCUUUCUUUGCCUUUGAGCCUGAAACCAAAAGAGCAACUACAACAAUGACGGACCAGGCCAACCAAGAGUCCUACCCUGUCCCAGACCCGACUAUAGUGGAUCCCACCUCGGCUGCGUUGCGGAACGGCCAGUGCGCCCCAGAUGGCUUCACCAACAACCAUCACCAGUCAGCCAAAAGCCCCAGCCAGCCCGAUGCGUUCACCACGAGCCAGGAGAUGAAAAUCACAGACAGUGUGGAGGGAGAAGGUCUCCUGGAGAGCAGCAUGCGCCUGAAGCCCCAUGAGGCUCAGAGCUACAGGAAGAAGGCACUCUGGGUCUCCUGGAUCUCCAUUGUGGUCACACUCAUACUGGCCGUGGCAGCUUUCACUGUAUCAUUCAUGAGACACAGCGCGUCAGCCUUUGGAUUCGCUUUUGAUGCCACGCUGGACGUCCUGUCAUCAGUCAUUGUCCUCUGGCGCUACAGCAAUGCAGCAGCUGUGCACUCUGCACACAGAGAGUACAUAGCAUGUGUAAUUCUUGGGGUUCUGUUCGUUCUCUCCUCCUUGUGCAUCCUUGGAAAGGCCAUCCAUGAUCUUGCUACCAGGGUGCCCCCGGAAGUGGAUGACUUCCUCUACAGUGUGUCUGUAGUGAGCGGGAUCACAUGUGCUGUGCUGGCUGUGGCCAAGUUCAUGCUGGGAAGAGUGCUGACUAGCCGGGCACUUAUCACUGACGGGUUCAACUCUCUGGUCGGUUCAAUUAUGGGAUUUUCCAUUUUGAUCAGCGCCGAAGUCUUCAAGCACCAUGCCGACGUCUGGUUUCUGGAUGGCACCAUGGGAGUUGUUAUUGGACUCAUCAUUUUGGCAUAUGGCAUCAAACUCCUGAAGGACAUGGUGCCCCGUGUGAGACAGACGAGGAACUACGAACGCUUUGAGUGAGAGUGUGUGUUGGCCAGACGAGCAGGUUCAAACACACACACACACACACACACACACACACACACACACACACACACACACACACACACACACACACACACACAAACACACACCCACACACCUGGCUGCCUCCGCCCUCUUCUCUCUGUCCUUCCUACACAUGUUAAUACACAUGCAGCACAUACAGACUCUACACGUUCCCAUACACACAAAUAUACACACAUGCUGUAUAAACUGUACAUAGUACAUUCAUACAUUCAGACAGAAACAAACGCACAUGCAUACACAAAUGCAGCAACUGAGAGACUUUAAGGAAAAAGGACGUGAUUGAAGACCACAUCCUGGAGAGAAAACACUUAAAGUUAAAUUCUUCUGUUCUGCCCUUCUUUACUUUUUUGUCCAUUAAAACCACCAUUUCAAAAAUGACACCUAGAAUUAAAAAAAUGCCCAAGAGCUGCGACUCCUGUCUACCAGCAGGAGCUUUGGAUUUGUUUGACCUGGGGAUCCAGCAGUCGCUGUUUAGAUAACAGCAUUCACCAGUUAUAACACAAGAGACAACAGUGUAUUGGUUUGUCCUUGUGGGUUUAGCUAUUGGCAUGGUGGGCAUAAUGGGGAUCAAAAUUCCAAAAUUACCAAAUGGGGUAGAUUUUAUUGUGAUGAGGCCUACACAAAACACACAGCACGUUUUCCCAUAAUUUAUUUGAGAAAACAUAGAAUAGAAUAGGAAUUUCUUUGUCUCCCUAUUGUAUCUUAAAUACAAACUCCAAAUUGAGCUGAGGGCUGCUCACUAUAAUUUAAGAUUGUUGUUUUGUUUUUCUUUUUAUUGUUAAGUACAGGUGUUCCUUUCCUAAAUCCAUUCCUGUCAAAACCUCACCAGCCUUCCCUCUUUAAAGCAGCCACUAUACCUCCUAAUACGUUGCUCAGAGAUGGAGAGGAUGUGAAAAGCCGAGAAAAGAGGACUUAGACAGAGAGCAUAUGAGCAGUUCUGAGUCAGCAAACACUGCUUUGUCCAAAAGGUGAAAAGCAUCAGUGAGCAUGGUGAGGUCAGUCUUUAUCUGGAAACUCUACCGCUAAAAGGAAAAAGCAGUAAAAGAGCACAGGAGACAAACAUUUGCCAUAUGAUGGCUAUAAACCUAAAGUGCACAUGUAAUUUAUAUACAUUGCAUAGCCUACUGUACUGUAUGUAAUGUAUCCAAGCACAAAUUAGUGAACUUUCCUUCAUGCGCUAGUGUUUGUUGCUGACAGUUUAGUGCAGUGCCCGUUUUGACACAAUGGGUAAUUAAAAAGUAAGACAUGAUUUGACCGGUGUAUCUGACUUUGCAUAUGUUUCAUUGCCAUAUAUUGUACAUAUCUUUUGGUUGAUCUCCUAAACCCAAAUACCGGAGUUAAUUACUGAACUCCAUUCAGCAUCUUUUGUUUUUUUACUCAAGACUUAGUUUGACAAAGUUUUACCGGGCAAUAGCUAGCAUCUGAAGAAUAGCGAAAUACGUUUUUUAAGGGUAAGAUGUAAACGCAUCUUAAUAUUUAUCUUGUGUUUUUGUUGUAACACCUUGUCAUGCUUAUAAUUAAUAGAUGUAAAAGCACUAAACUCUGCAGGAACGUCUCUGGCAUUUGCUGUAAUCCUAUUUAUCAUUUUCUCUAUGUAAUGUUGAACUCAAUCUAGCUGGGAUAUUUAUUACUUUCAUUGACAUUAAUUUAUCCAUGUUUUCUUUUUUUCUUCCUUGUUUUGACUGCAAAGUUCAUGCGGAAAGUUGGAUAAGACAAAGUCUCAAACCUAAGAUGAAACAAAGCACAAUCACAAAGAUGAAGUAGCCUGUGGGAAUAUCAUUUUAAUGGCAUAUCAUUUGCAGAGACAGUGCUUUCUCCUUGUGUCGCAUACCUGCUUAUACCUCAUUUGUUCUGCAUGGUACCAUUGUUAUCAUCCAUUGUUAUGUGCAAUGAACAGAAUGUAAAUGCAAACCACACAGUCUGUAAAUAUGUUUAUUACACUGUCCGGGUGCAUCAGUAACAAAACGUCACAAAUAUAGUUGUAGUACUUUAUGGCCAACAUAAAAGGCUUUUUGGAGUAGACAUAUAGUUUAAGUGCAGGAGGAUCAAUGUUACAUAUCGUUGCACAUGUUUACUCUAUAGUGCUUAUACUGUAAAUGUGGUUUUACAUAUUACUGUAGAUUAUUGGUGAAAUUAAAUAAGUCUGUCUGUACAUUUUGCACUAAGUGAAAAUCUCAGACUGGAUGUAGGUGGGAUCUUACAGCGCUGUCCGAGGCUUCUUUAUCACUUAUUAGUAGCUGUCAAAAGAAGAGCUCAUUGCCAAUCAAAGCAUUACAUUACAUGUUAAAAUGGGAUAGCUACAACUUACCUGCCGGCACCAAUCAGUAUUAUAUAUUACUGAACUUUAGUGGGUGUCAUAAACUCCAGUAAAAAAUCACCCAGAACAUUUUUUAGAGAAAAUUAGAUAAAAAAUACUUUUAUUGUCAGGAAGCAUCAGAAACUCCACAACCCAAAACGAGCAAUUAGAUUAAGGAAAGGAGUUCAAUUUAUGGAUUGAUUUUAUACAACUAUAUUGAGAUCAAUCAAAUUUAGAAAUGCAUUGAUAUGAAUAAUUCAUAGAUGUUGUGUAAUGCGCAAACACACACUGACAUAUACUGACAUAUAUACAUAUUCACUAUUUAAAGUGAGGUAAACUGUGUACACUGUAUAUGACUUUGUGGCCUGGUUUCUUCCUGUAAAUGUGAAUCCAGAGUGCUUGUGUGCCCCCUCGUGGUAGGAAGCCACAUGACAAGAGCUGCGAUUAGUAUUCAGCGCACUGGAUCCAAGGGAGCGAGUCUAAAUUUAUCCCAGGCUGAACACAGCUACAAAGCCUUGGGCAGUGAUUCUGAAGGCACCUACAUGCACUCUGCACUGUAAUUAUCAACUCUCUAUUGACUUACUGGACAAGGUGCAACUUGCUUGGUAUAUUAUCUUUAGUUUAGUUUCUUUGUGUGAAGAAUAAGGUUGAGCUCUAAACUGAAGGUGUGAAUCAGCUCACACCACUUCAACUCACCAACAGCACAGUGAUUUGUAAUAUUCCCCCUCUGAUGCAUAGAAGACAAUCUUUACAAUGACUUUUACUAGCAAAGCACAGUGUUUACAUGCUAAUAACCACCACAUGAAGCACAGAACAAAGUCAUAAUAACUCUUUGAAACUGUAUGCUUUACUUGCUCUAUUGCUCAUAUUGUUAACUAUAUUGUGUUCAGAUGACUUUUUUGAUCUUGGUAACAAAAUCCUUUCUACCUCUCUUCUUUGCACUUUGUUUUAUUUCCGUGUUACUUUCUCUUGUGCACAUUCAUGCUACAUAGAAUUUAGGCCGGGUGCUGCGAUUGUGGCCCUGGACCCCUUACUCUUCUUAGUAAUAGGUGAUCAUUGAAGCUGUUGCACUUACUGUAAAUCAGAGGUCAGUGCAGCAGCUGAAUACCAAAAGAAAUAUGUUGAAUAUAACUGUAACUCCAUGAUCACCAGAGUUGUUGUUGCAUUUCAUUCAUCUAUAAUGCCAUUUGUUUUUACGGCCCAAUGAAAUGUUUGACAAUUCUGCAGCUUGAUGAACUGUGCCAAAUCAUCGAAAACAUCUGUCCUGUCUUCUGACAUGUGUGUAUCAUUCAUUUAAGCUUGUAUGUACAAAUAGAUGUAUUAUUACCGCCCCAGAAGAUGCAUCAACCCAUUCAUUUAACCUAGUUUUACAAAAUUAUGAUAGCAAUACUAACCACUUCUGUUCCUACAAGCUUAGCAUGGGCGUGUAAAAACCCUUCCAGCUUCAGCGGUUACAAGUGCAAUGCAGCCACAAACAUACAAAAAAUAACAUACAUGGAAAGCUGUAACUGAAUUUCCAAUAAAUCUGACUGUAACAGAAUUAUUAUUUGUCUGUUUGUACAGUAAUGACAUCAGUGGUAUUACAGAUGAUGUAAACGCCAUUUAUUUAUGUAAAAUAACUGAGGUAUAUCUUUGUCAAAGAGCAAAGUUUUAUUGAUUAAUAAAGUUUUAUCCUGCUUAA